AUGUCGUCCCAAAACGUCUCACGCCUCGACGCUGCCCUUGAGCGCGCCCUCAUCAAGCGCGAAGAGCUCGGGCUCGACGCGUCCGACCUCGUCCAUGCCUCCUCCUACGCUGCACCCGACUUCUUCUCCAUCGACUACCUCUCUGUCACCACCCAGCCCGCCAUCCGCGCCGCGUUCUUGGAGAACAUCGCCAAGGAGCCUCGAGUCCUUGGCUCUGGCGGCUCACGGCGCAUGUAUGGCAACAGCCCGCUGUACGUCAAGCUCGAGCAGCGUCUCCGCCAGCACUUCGACGCGGAGACCGUCCUUCUGUGCAACACCGGGUACGACGCCAACCUCUCCUUCUGGCAAUCCGUACCGCAAGCGGGCGACGUCAUCCUCCUCGACGAGCUCGCGCACACCUCCAUCCGCGACGGCAUCAACCUCUCCCGCUGCCGCGAGGCGCAGUACGCCUUCGCGCACAACGACGCCGCCUCGCUCCGCGACGUGCUCCAGCAGGUGCUCAAGAAGCACCCGAGCAUCACCGCGGGGAAGGCGACGGUCUUCGUCGCCGUCGAGACGCUCUACAGCAUGGACGGCGACUUCUGCCCGCUGCGGCAGGUGAUCGAGGUCGUCGAGGAGGUCGUCCCCAAGGGCGCGGCGCACAUCAUGGUCGACGAGGCGCACUCCUCCGCGCUCUUCCCGGGCAGCCGCGGCCUCGUGUGCCACCUCGGGCUCCACAAGCGCGUGCACACCAUCAUGCACUCCUUCAGCAAGGGCUGGGGCAUGCUCGGCGGUGUGCUGCUCACCACCCCGAUGGUCCGCCGCUACGUCGUCAACUACGCGCGCGCGUUCGGCUACUCCGUCGCGCUCCCGCACCCCCAAGCCGUCGGCAUCAACGCGAUAAUGGACUACCUCACCAGCCCCGUCGGCCAGCAGCACGACGGGCGGCUGCGCGCGAACUGCGCGUACUUCGAGCGCGCGCUCAAGGCCGCGUUCCGGGCCUACCCCCCGGAGGUGCUCCGACUCGGGCCGCGCACGAUCCCCGCCGACUUCCCCGCGACGGUCUACAGCCCGAUCUUCCCGGUGCUGACGGCGGGCUCGAAGCAGCUGACGAACUACCUGAUCGCGCGCGGGUACGCGGCGACGGAGAUCGCGUUCCCCGUCGUCCCCCGCGGGCUCCAGCGCGUCCGGCUCGCCGUGCACGCGGGCAACAGCGAGCCGGAGAUGGACGAGGUCAUCGCGCACAUCCUCCGGUGGGCGGACGGGUUCAUCGCGGAGCGCAAGGCGGCGGGCGCGAAGCUGUGA